AUGUGCAGAAUCGCUGGUAUCAGCCCCACCCCACCUCCAACCUCCAACCUCCAUCCCCAACUUGACUGCUUUGCCUCUGGGACAAGUGAUAAGAGGAGAGAGGUUGACGAAAUGGGGUCUGAAGAGCCAACUCAUUUGGUGCGGAAGCCAAGCGAAAAAGCUUCUAUAAUCACUUUUGCCUCAUUGCCACUGAACAGGCAACUUGUCACUCAACAACACAAAGCCGAGCAACAACAUCGGACAAUUUUUUAA